AUGUUCGGAACAACCUCACACUUCAAAAGUCCAUUAUUUUUCAAGGCAAUGGUAUUUACUUUCAGAUUUGCAGCCUUGCACCAGACAUUCCUGAAAGAAGUGAAAGUGAAAGUUGCUCAGUCGUGUCCGACUCUUUGCCACCCCAUGGACUAUACAGUCCAUGGAAUGCUCCAGGCCAGAAUACUGGAGUGGGUGGCCUUUCCCUUCCCCAGGGGUUCUUCUCAACCCGGGAUCAAACCCAGGUCUCCCGCAUUGCAGGCAGAUUCUUUACCAACUGAGCUAUCAGGUAAGCCCAUGACCAUCCUGUCCCUCAUUUAA